GUUGAGUCAAUGUCAGAUUAACGUUAGCUUCAGGUUGAGUCAAUGUCAGAUUAACGUUAGCUUCAGGUUGAGUUAAUGUCAGAUUAACGUUAGCUUCAGGUUGAGUUAAUGUCAGAUUAACGUUAGCUUCAGGUUGAGUUAAUGUCAGAUUAACGUUAGCUUCAGGUUGAGUUAAUGUCAGAUUCACGUUAGCUUCAGGUUGAGUUAAUGUUAGAUUAACCUUAGCUUCAGGUGUAUUCUGACUGUGUCCAGGUGUCCAUCAUGUCCAAGGAGCAGGUGAGCAUCAACGAGCUCCUGCUCUCAUUGGACAGUUCAGAGCUGCAGGAGGCGGAGCAAGUGAGAGCAGCAGUCAGCCAGCAGCUGAGUACAGACAGAGGUGGUGCUGUCCUGUCCUCUCUGGUGGAACAUUACCUGGACUCUUUGUCCCCUCAGGUGGUUUUCCUCCUGUCCUCCAUCAGGGAGCCUCAUCACAAGCUGCUGUUGGAGAAGCUGAAUGAGUCCCUCAGCAGACCUGGAAGCCGAUUGGCUGGUCUCACCCUGCUGGGUCACCUGAUCAGGAAGCAGCCUCCCUGGGUUCAUCACAUCAGCCGCUCGGCCCUGCUGGCCUCCCUGCUGCGCUGCCUCAAGACAGACAGUGACGUCGUGGUUCUGAUCUCCGGGGUUCUGGUCCUCAUAACUCUGCUGCCGAUGAUCCCUCAGGCAGGGAAGCAGCACAUCUACGACUUCUUCGACGUGUUCGGACGACUCGCCUCCUGGAGCUCCAGGAACCCUGGUCAUGUUCUCGUGGUUCACCUGGUGCACCUGCAUGCAGGUGUGUACUCGCUGUUCCACCGUCUCUAUGGGAUGUUCCCCUGUAACUUCAUCUCUUACCUGAGGCUGCACUACAGCAUGAAGGAGAACCUGGACACUUUCCAGGAGGUGGUGAAGCCGAUGCUGGAACACGUCCGGGUUCAUCCAGAACUCGUUACCGGCACUCAGGACUAUGAACUGGACCCGUCCAGGUGGAGGUGUUAUGAAGUCCAUGACAUCGUGAUCGAAUGUUCUCGAGUGUCUCUGGAUCCUCUGGAAUCGUCCUGUGAAGAAGAUCUGAGCUCCUCCUCGUCACAGCCUCACCUGGAGCUUACCUGCAGCUCAGAGGCUCUCAGCAGCUCAGGAUGCCCAGCUCACCAGUCCCUCAGCUCCUCCCACAUUCAGGUACCACACCUGUCUCAGUGUGUGCAGGCUGAUGAUGUCACAUGGAGCCCCUCCUCCCACUGUGGUCUGUCGACGCCCCCACCUGAACCUGCUGCUACAGGCUCCACCCCCCUGGACAGGUGCACCUCCAUCUCAGGUGUGAGGUCAUCAGUCUUCGUCCCCGUAGCUCCGCCCCCUGACGUUGUCCCGUCUCCUGACAGCCAGGGGAAGCAACCAAUCACAGAGAGGCAGGAGAGAGCCCAUGGUGAUGUCAUCAGCAGCAGCGAAGAUGUUCAACUGGAGCUGCCUCCCCCCUCCUCAGAGCCCCGCCCCCUCACCUCCACCCCCUGUCGUGAUCUCCUCAGUCCCCCUCCGCCCUGCCUCCUCCCUCCUCACACCCUCUCAUUGGACAGCCUGUCUGGCCCCGCCCUCGCUGACAGUGGCUCCGCCCCUCCUUAUGAGCAGCUGUUUGAGCUAGCUCUGCCUCGCGCCGCCUCGCUGUUCGUGGAGAAGAAGACGCAGGAGGCGCUGCAGAGGGCGGGGGGGCAGCAGGGGGGAGGACUGGAGGAGGAACAGGUCUCCCCCCUGAAGGUUCUGGAUCAGCUGAUAGUCCAUGGACACGACGCCCACCAGCACCUGAGCAAUAGGUUCUCUGCAGGUUCUAAGUCGGGGGAUCGGAGUCUUUCUGGAGGCCUUACCCAGGGGGAGGAGCUCCAGUGUGUGAGAAGUCAGCUCCUCUUGGUCCACAGCCAGCUGCAGUACGAGCGUUUCAAGCGUCAGCAGCACGCCAUUAGGAACCGUCGGCUGCUGCGACGAGUCAUCAGCACCACGGCACUGGAGGAGCACAGCGUCGCCAUGAGGGAGCUGCUCUCCGUUCAGGAUGACGAGAUCCGGAGUCUGAAGACGAGUUUAGAAGAAGAACAGAGACUGAGCUCUGAGCUGCUGAUGGACACAAACACACACAUCCAGCGGCUGCAGACACACAACACACACCUGGAGCUGCAGCAGCAGGAGGAGCAGAGACACACACAGAGACUGCAGAGUGAGCUUCAGGAGUGUCAGAGCAGACUGGGGGACGUGGAGGCGGAGCUUCAGAGAGCCAACAACAAGGUGUAUAAUGCUGAGCGCCAGCUGACCCAGCUGUCACUCAAGCUGAGCAGCAGCGAACAGCUGCAGCAGCAGAUGUUCCUCCAGAACCAGCAGCUGGUCCUGCUCAGAGAAACCAACCGGGUUCUGACUGAACAGCUGGAGGGAGGAGAGACACAGUGCUGCUCCGAGGCGUCCAUGCUGCAGUGCACUGUGGGUAAAGACUACCAGAGGCUGAAGGACAGCGAUGUCCAGCUGAGACAGAAGCUGGAAGCAGCCAAUCACAGGAUCUCUGAGCUGGAGACCCACCUGAGCAAGAAGGAGCAGCUGAUCCAGGACCAGAAGAAGCUGCUGGAGGACACCAAGAACCACAGCAGGGCGGAGCUGUCGGCCUCUGACAGCCGCUGUGUGGCUCUGAGGACGGCCAAUCAGACGCUGCAGAUGGAGAUGCUUCACCUGUACAGUCAGACUCACCUGGACGAAGGCAGCAGGCCCAACGGUGGCAGCGUUGCCCUCCCCGUCGCUCAGGGCAACAGGCCCCGCCCCUCCUCCUCUGCUGUGGGGAUUCUGAAUGGCACUGCGGAGGCGCUGUCCACCUCCCCCCUGCACCGCCCCUCCUGCUCCUCCUCCCCCAUUGACUCCCCCCUCGCCGUUGGUUCCUUCCUGGAGCAGCAAGCGCGACAGCUGUUCAGACCAGCCAAUCAGAGCCAAGAGGAGGACGAGACAACCAAUCAGAGCCAGGAAGAGGAAGAGGAGGAGGAGGAGGAGGCCCAGCCUGGAAGUCCUCCUCUGGGUCAGGAGGUGGAGGAGGAGGCCUCCCUCCUGACUGGAAGCCCCCAGACGGAGCCUCCGGGUCAGACAGCAGCUCCAGACCUGACACUGGCCGUCCGCCACAGGAGACACGAGCUGAGCAUCAUGGACUAUGACGAGACGCUGCCCGAGUUCUGAAGGAGGAGGAGGAGCCAGGAGGAGCAGGGGGAGGAGCUACCAGAGCUCAGCAGGUGUUGCAGCUGGAGGUCCAGGUUCUGAGUUUCAGUAAACGUCUACAGCAUCAAACACUAAAACCAGAAUUUAUCAGAACUCUAAAUCUCUGAUUCACUUUAAAGCUGCGUUCUUCAGGGUUCUACACACACGAAGGUGAUCUGGGGUUCCUCAGGGUUCCUCUGGUUACCUGCUAGCUAACAGCUGAUCUGCUGCUUUCUGAGCUCUGAUGAUCUAAUCCUUUAAAUCUGCUGUCUGAUUAUUGAUUAUUUGGUCCUGAGGUGUUUGUUCUCUGAAGCUUCCAUUCUGGUUUUUCUGCUGUCAGUGAGUUCAUUGAUUAAUCAGUUAAUUGAUUGGCUCUGUGAUGUCACAGUCCCGAUGACGAUGACAUGAACCUUCACUGUAUGACAUCAUGUUUGAUGAUGUCAGAGGCUGAAGGAAUCAGCUGAUCGUUUCCGGUCGACAAACCAAAGAUUCCUGAAGAGAAACUGUGAAAAGCUCAAUAAAGAAUCUAAACUCUGA